GCCAAAACGUACGGUAGAAGAAUCAAACUGUCACGUCUUGAAACGUCACUGUCUGAUCAGAAACUAACUUCCGUCCAGUGAACUACUCAAAUGCGGUUCCGGUUCUGUGGGGAUCUGGACUGCCCAGAUUGGGUCCUGGCCGAAAUCAGCACAUUAGCAAAGAUUUCGAGUGUGAAGAUGAAACUCCUUUGUGCUCAAGUGUUGAAGGAUAUACUGGGCGAGGGUAUAGAUUACGACAAAGUUGGAAAGCUGACUGCAGAUGCAAAGUUUGAAAGCGGAGACAUCAAAGCUACUGUGGCAGUGCUCAGCUUUAUUUUGUCCAGCGCUGCAAAACAUGAUGUUGAUAGUGAGUCUUUGUCCAGUGAGCUGCAGCAACUUGGCUUGCCUAAAGAACAUGCCACAGGGCUUUGUAAGUCCUACGAAGACAAGCAUUCUGCUCUUCAAGACAAACUAAGAGAUACCAGCUUGAGAUUGAGAAGACUUGACUCUGUUUCCUGGCGUGUCGAUUACACCCUGAGCUCCAGUGAACUAAGAGAAGUAAAUGAACCCCUGGUGCAUCUUAAACUGCAGACACAAGGAGCAGAGCCAGGCUCCUCUGACACAACCGUAGUCUCAAUUUCUCCGGAUAAGUUCAGAGUUUUGCUUACUGAGCUCAAACAAGCUCAGGCCAUGAUGAAUGCACUACAAUGAAGAAUGAAGAACAAACCUUUGAUCAGGAGCGAGAUACAAAUUACGCUGAUCAACUGCCAAAAGUGCCAUAUUUGUAUCUUGUACAGUAUUAUUUGCUUGAAUUUGUUCAUCUUAAAAUAAAGUUUAAUUUCUUACUUGAA